GGCCUUGCUUUGAUCCUUCGGAAGAGGAUGGAGCAGAACACGCUGGGAACAGGGGGAGACCAAAGGAUGCUGUUUACUUUGGGUUUAGUUAGUAUUUUGACACCAUCUCCCAUAACGCCCUCGCUGACGAGGUGACAAAGACUGAGUCCAAUAAGAGGCUGCGGAGGGCGACUGAAAACAGCUCUCAUGCACGCCCAGGGGGCUGAAAUUCCUGGCACAAAAACCCCACGAGAGGGUCGCCCGCUAGCAAUGCGCCAAGUUUGGGCACCAGUGCUGAUGCAACGUCCACUCCUCACGAGGGAUGCAGACAACGUGGGACAGCGUGCCCUCAGCUAGUCGGCAGGGUGUCAAGAGUCCUAUACUCCCUGACCAGCUACUUUCAGAUGCUCCACGUGAGGAGGGUUUAAGAGCACCCGGAGCCCCAGGAUUGCUGGAAGAUGUUGGGCAUGUUUCCAAGCUACCAACACAGGGAAGAGACUGGUUUCUCCAGGGACAAUUGCCCAGACAACUGUGAAGUAGACCGGAAAGCUACAGUCUGCCCUCCUGAAGGAUGCAAGCCACAGACUUCUUCACCAUGUGAACAAGGAAGGGUUAGAGAGAGCAGCCAGAUGCAAACUCUGCAAGCACAGAAGAAAAUACUGCCUCUGAUGUUUGGUUCAUCUCAUCCCAAGAUGGACAUGGAAUGGAUCAGAUUCCCCAUCUCAGCUGGUGACUGGGCAACAUUUUCUGUCUGAACAAGCUGACUAUGCCCUCUUGUGGCAAAGAAAACCAAUGGUGUCUUGGGCUGCAUUAGGAAGAACAUUGCCAGCAGGUUGAGGGAGGUGAUCCUUCUCUGCUCGGUACUUGGUGAAGCCACGUUGGAGCGCGGUGUCCAAUUCUGGGCUCCCCAGUACAAGAAAGAUAGGGGUUUACUGGAGUCCAGCAAAUGGCCACAAAGAUGACUGAGGGACCGGAGCAUCUUUCAUCCAAGGAAACGAUCUUACCAAAAUGUCGCUUCCUCUCCCUGCCCCUCUGACCACCCAAUUCAAGUCAGACAGAUGAAGAAGGCAGGACGGACCCACCAGGCAGCACGCUUCUCUCCUGGACAGGCCAGCACAGAGCUCUGAGCACACCCUGGACCGCGGUGCCAUGAUUAUCUACUGCCUCGUGAUACUCUUCAUUUCCUCUCUCUUGUCGUCUCAAUGCAACUUUCUUGCAGCUUUCCUCCAGCUGCUACCAUUGGCUGUGUCCUUUGCAGACCCUCUGCCAGCCCCUAUACUGUCCACAGACCCCAGACAUGAUGUCUAUUAUGAAGGGGAACGUGUCGCUAUCAUAUGCUUGGCUCCGACAAUGAGGAAAAUAGGUGGAUUUCGUUUCUUCAAUCAAACUGGGGAGCAAAUCGACCUGCAAACACCUUACUCCCUCACAACUGCCUGGCUCCAGCUUACAGCUACAAAAGCAUCUUCUGGAGAGUACACGUGCAUGUACUUUCUGAAGGAGUCUGGACAAGAAAUUCCUUCCAAUAGGAGCCUUCCUCUUUCACUUAAGGUUCAGGCUGCUCCCAUGGCCCCAGCUUUAUCUCUGGAUCCUCAGCAGCAGGUCUAUAGACCUGGGAACGACGUCAAUCUGCUCUGCUCCUUCCCCUCAUCUUCAGAUGAUGUUAAAGAAGUCCAAUACUAUGCAGACUUUGGACUUGCAGUCUCCAUCCCAGUAUCGAACGUGAAAAACUACAGCUUCAACCUCAGGAUCACGGGAGAGGAGGUCUCUGGGUCUUACAGUUGCGCCUAUUUUGUAAUUAAGUCUACACGUCCCGUUCGCUCAGAAAGGAGCAGCUGGAUCAGUGUCAACCUGAAAAGCUAUAAAAUCAGCUGGAUUCGAGAGAUCGUUGUUGGGGGUUCAUUCUUUACCAUCAAUGGCCUCAUCUUUUUCUUCUCCCACUGCCUGAUGAAGAGAAGAGAUCUGGAAGAGGGAUUCCAGAUGGACUACGGAGACGAAUGAGAAGAACUAUCCCCUAAAGGUUUUGUUCUAUUAGCUAAGGCAAUCCAUUCUCUCGGGCCAUGCCUGAUUCCUCGUUGUCUGCCUCAGAGUCCCCGAGAGGCAGAAAUGGUGCGUGUUCAACCGGCAUUGCUUUGGCUGCUCCGUUCCUCUGUGCCUUCUAACCUGCCUCAAGUCCGUUCAAAUAAAGCUGGACGUUGUGUUUGGGUCUUGUGGGUUUCAUGGAAAGAUGCGUGUUUCCAUGCUCCUU